AACGCAACGGACCUUGAAAAAGACAUCGAUGCACAGAUCGCUGAUCGCCUUGUAGAUCGCGUCGCCCGAGGGUUUUUUGGUGGAGAUCGAUUCGAUGAGAAAGGGCGGGGCCGCGACCCCACCCUCGGCCUUUUUCGGGCCACGGCUUUCGGUUUCCAGGAAAAAGGGAAUGGAGGCACCCAGGGGCCGAAGCCGUGUUCUCUGCGCGGUGAAGGCGUGUCGUGGUGGUCCCUCCCCGAAGUGUCCCUGCACCGCCCGCAGCCGCUGCCACCGGCCGUGGACUGCCACCGAAAAGGCGUUUGCAAAACGGGGCGUGGGACCGGAGUGGCGCGGGCCCAAAAGGUGGGGCGAGGCGAGCAGAAGCAGCAGCGCCACCGCCAGGAAGGUGGUUCCAUGGCAGCAGAACCGGGGGUUCCGUUUCCUCCCGGGCCCCUUCCUAGAUUCGGGGGCCAUGGCGUCGGGCGUCGACACCGUGUUGCAGCCGGAAGGACGGAUAGUUCGUCGGACCGGGAAACGGUCGGUCAAGGAUCGCGGGAAGCACGGCACGGCACGACCUGCGGCACGGCAAUUCCGUUCCUUCCCACCGUCCCCUGCCUUCGACGCUCGUGGUUGUCUUUUGCGUUUCCGUUGUUGGCUUCGGCGACCCAGCCCAAUCCAACUGUGGCUCUUGUUGCUCUAGGUUGUUUGUGCGUCGAGACAAAGCCGGUGCCUCGAAAACGAUAUUGCAACGCAACGUCGAUGGUGCGAUUGCCUAUCGGGACAGGUACUCGUAUGCAGUGGCAACAAGCUUCGAAAUCGAUUGAGAAAAAGAAGCUGAAGAAAACAAAGAAACGAAAACAACGAAAACAGAAUUAACACAGAAAACGAAA